CUGGUCCUGUUACAGCGAGGCGACUCGAGACGUAAACAAACUCCGGGGGCCAGCGCGUCCCAACCGGGCACGUCCACGCGCUCCGGCCUCGCGAGUUCUUUCGGCUCUUUCCCUCCUCCUCCUCCCCGCCCCCCCCUCGCGCAGACCGCGUGCUGCCGUCGCCGCGCGAGCCAAUUUUCGCCCGCGACGUCCCGGACCGUUUUCUGGACGCUGGCAGCUGCCCCGACGUAGCCACCCGUGAGGCCGCAACCGUCACCUUCGGUACCCACCUGAGAGCGGCUCGGAAAGGCGGAAACACUUUGAAGUUUGCUUCCAGACUCUCCCAAGAUUAAAAUGGCCUCUGCAGUAAUUAGUUCUGUUCCUACCACUGCAUCUAGAUUUGCUCUUUUACAAGUUGAUAGUGGUAGUGGAUCUGAUUCAGAAUCAGGAAAGGGAAGAAGUGGUCGGAGUAGUGGAAAGUCCCAGAUGUCAGGUAGCAAGUCAAGCACAAAUGAAAAGAAGAAAGAAAAGAGGAGAAAAAAGAAGGAGCAGCAGCAGAGUGAAGCAAAUGAGCUUAGAAAUCUUGCUUUUAAAAAGAUUCCUCAGAAAACUUCCCAUGGAGCCUGCUUGCAUGAGCAGGCAUUAAAUAAUUCAGCACGCAAAGACUCUCAGGAAGAAAACUGGCAAGAAUGGAGACAAAGAGAUGAACAGUUGACUUCUGAACUGUUUGAAGCAGAUCUUGAAAAGGCUCUACUUCUAAGCAAACUGGAAUAUGAGGAACACAAAAAGGAAUAUGAAAACAUUGAAAAUGCUUCUCCUCCAUCAAAGGCUGUACACAAGAAAGAAAAAAGAAAAAAUCAGCAGGGAAAAGACAAGCCUCUUACAGUGUCUUUAAAGGAUUUUCAGUCUGAUCCCAACAUCGAUCACCUUUCCAAAAAGCAAGAGGAAUUGAGUUCCUCACAUACUUUCUUGCGUGAUGAUGAAUUCUUCAAUAGACUGGAAGAUGAUGUGCAUAAAAUACUUAUUAGAGAAAAAAGAAGAGAGCAUAUCACAGACAAUGAAGUGGAUAACAGUACAUCUAAUGACCACUCACAAGACUCUUUCUUGAAAGAUGGAAGAAUAGAGAGACUAAAGCUGGAGCUUGAAAAGAAAGAUGCAGAAAUCCAGCAGUUAAAAAGUGUAAUCACUCAAUGGGAGGCAAAGUAUAAGGAAGUAAAAGCACGAAAUGCACAGCUGUUGAAAAUGCUACAAGAAGGUGAAAUGAAAGAUAAAGCUGAAAUACUACUUCAAGUUGAUGAAUCUCAGAGUAUUAAGAAUGAGCUAACUUUGCAGGUCAGCAGUCUUCAUGCUGCAUUGGAACAAGAAAGAUCUAGAGUGAAAUUACUGCAGGCAGAGUUAACAAAAUAUCAGACAAGGAAGAAACAGACUUGAGUUACAACUGGUCUUUGUUUUCAGAAACGUUGGCAACCCAUUACAUCUUUUUCCGGACAGCCACAUUGUAUGAUACCCGUAGUACCUCGCUCAGUUUGCAGUCACCUUCUUGAAACUUGAGUUUAUAUGCAGACUUCAUGGCCACAAGAUCUAGCCCAGUUUUUGAACUAUUUUUCCCUCCAUCCCUUACCUCCUUAAACCACCUAGCCUGAUGAAGAGUUCUGGAGGACUUGAAGGCUUGCACAACCUUUUGUGGCAUUUUGGCUGGCCCUAAUAAAGGUAUUACCUAACUAAAUUUUGGAUUCCCCUUCCCCCUAUUGGAUUUUGGACUUUUAAAAAAACUGAUGGACGAGCACAACUUCUUUCUCUCUCUCUCUUCCUUCAUACAUGUCUGUUGUGUGUUUCCUCUGAAAUGUUUUUAGAACAAAACUUCAUAAAAAAUUCCUUUGGAUUGACUAUAAGAAUGUUGUUCAGCUCUUGCUUGGAUGGCUUCUGUCUUUGUUUAACUAUACAGUUUUGCUUUUCAGAGAGUUGUCAUCCAGUGUGCCUACUUGUACCUAUCCAAACUUGGAGGAUUAUAGACAUCCAAAUGAGGGUGGGGAAUGCAUGGAGGCAACAAUUCCCUAUGCACUUCUACACUGCAAAAAACAUAUAGUUGAUUUCAAUCAUCAAUGUCUUUUGAUCCUGCUCAUGUGGAGGAGGUGCUGAGACCGCUUCAGGAUGCCUUGUGUCCUUGCAGAGACUUGCUAGUCCCCUCCCUGCCCCUUGGUACUCACCCCUUGCAUUUGUUGCACUUGUGACUUUGGAGCUGCAGCUGGCACAGAAAGAACCACACCAACUAUGAGAAUGUAGGGAGGGAACCUCAGUUAGUGUCACAGCUGACGCAUUUCCAAGGUCAGCACUGACUCUCUGACCUAUCUUACAGCUGCCUAGACACCAUCUAGUGGCCAUGGGAUUAUGCUUUAAAUAAUUUUUAAUUUUUCAGUGACUUGCAUUUUUUUAUAAAUCUCCUUUUGUCUCCUUUUCCAAUCAUGCAUCAUUCUGACUUUCUGCUUAGUGAUCUGCCAAAUUCCUUUACACCACUGUAUCUGUUAGUUACCAAUUUACCAUCAUUUAAAUGCACUACUCCCACAGCACAGCCCUAAACAUUUAUUCAGAACCAAGAGCCACUGUGUCCAAUAAGGCUUGCUUUCCAGUAAGUGCACAGAAAUCUGCAGGUAUAAUCUUAUGUCAGGCAUUUUUGCUGUCCUUGGGUGCAGAAAUCUUCAUUCUCAUGUCUUUCUGUGUAUAUUAUA